AUGCCAGCGUUGUCUGAGAGGGACUUGUCGGGGGUGGAGAAGUUCUCCAACGCCAUGAAGGCGGCAUUGGGGCGUCAAAGUCGUCAAGUCAAUCUAAAAGAUACCGACUCGCAGCGCAUAUUAUCAUCAAAUCCUUCGGCGUCGGAUAUUACUGAAAUGAUGCUGUCAGAAAGACGUCUUUGGGCGGAAGCAGCAGUGGCGUUUUGGCGUCUUGCCAGUCGACAACAAAUACACCUGUUGUCAUACGUCUCCACUGGUGCAUUGCGUGAGUUGCACCGUUUCUGUGAGGGACUACUGGAUCACAUCCGGAUUACAUUUUUGAGCCUUGCGCCCACUGCAACACCCCUGCAAGUUUUAGACUGCGUCUCUUCUCUCGGCACCGAUCAUAUUUUAUUUCUUUUGGAUACGUUUUGCUCGCCAAAGGGCUGCAUUAGCAUGGAAGGCGGCGAGGAGACACGGGGGAGGGAACUUCACAUGCAUGUGUGCAGGGUGCUUGCGGAGCAGGAUCACCUUUACUGGAUGACACGCGUGGUUCGUGCCUUCUGUGACGAAUCGUGGCGAGUGUGCUCGGAAAAGGAAGAAAUGUCAAGGGCGUCUGUCUCUGCCAUCCAUGGUAUGCUGCGUUGUUUGCUUCAUUGCUGUGCCACAAGUGCAGCGUGUGCGCAUGCGCUCAUUUAUACGGAACCCAGACCGUUAGUGGCCCAAUUGUUGUACGGACUUCGUUUACGCAUCUCAAGCAGUACUCUUAUUCGCCCCGUUGUCCGCGAUGACCCCACGCGACUGGGCGUUGCUCUUUCCUCAACACCGUCCUUGCCCACCCCGACUAUGCGUUUGCCAGCCACAAAGUCCGCUCUUGCUGAAUACUUAACUUCUGGACGAACGAAUGCGUUUGAUGAGAUAAGUAGAGAAGCCCUCAAUGUUGCGGUGGCCGCUGUGAAGAGGGUGGCGGCACAUGAAACACCGGAAGUUGUGAUUGGUCUAUGCCAUAUCGUAGAUGUUAGCUCUCGUAGCAUCGUACCAUCACCCAAGGAUGAAAAGAAACCAUCCAUUUCUACGCAGAUUGCCAUGUAUGAGAAUGUGCUCAUGGCAUUGGAGGCACUAUUUCAAUUACUACAAGUAAAAGACGAUGAACCAUGGAGUCAGGAACUUGUACUUCGGCAAGAGAUUGUUCUGCAGCAAAUUCUUAAUCACGAUCUGGCAAGGGCUGUAGAGCGCCUGCUGCGGCAUUGCCCAACCAUUCUCGACGCUGAUUCAACGCUCUUUCAGAGUAUAGGGACUUUAUGCACUCCUCCCUUUACAUCCAGCCGGAGGAGACGCAGGUCAUCCACGGUGUCACGUGUGGAAAAUUUCACACAGUGCGUUCCGGGAAACGGCGAUUCGUUGAGUGGAAGCAUGUGCAGUCGAAAUGCAUCCAUGGUUUCUCUCACUAGUAGCAUACAUGUGUCACGACCAACGCUGCCGGAGGGAAGUGUGGCACGUGCCUCGAAUCUUGCCCGAUCGUUAUGGAUGAGCGUGUGGCCGGGGGCUUCCCGUGGCAGUGGUGUUGCCGGCUUGACUCAUGCACACGCCGCAUCACGUCCUGCACCAUCGGACGAUGAGCCUAUUGGUUCUUUUUUUCAAAGAGGUACUAGCGAUGUGAUUUUUGAUCACGCGCCAUCGCCGACGUGUUUGUCUUUGGAUUUUGAUGGGGAGGAAUGGUGGUACAGCAACAAGACAUACGUGGAUCUUCUACUCAGUCUGACUCAAUUGUUGAACGCGAUGUUUUCAGAUGCCACAACACCUCUCUCAAUUCGCCUAUCCAUUUGCAAAUUACUCACUCAAAUCAGUAUGCGAAGUUCUAGCGCUUUUGCGGCAUCUGAGGGACGUCUUGUGAUGCGUUCAUUUCUAACGACGCUGCGGGCACAUGAUCAAGGUUUGUGCACGCCACCUGUAGUAAUUUACGACGUACCACAUGUGGAGGAAGAGAAGAAUAAGAAGGAUAUUUCACAUGAAAUACAUCUGGAAACGCAUGAACAAUUGAGUGAAAAAUAUCCGUGUACGUCCAUCGAGGAUGAUAUGAUGUAUGCUGCACUGGCUCAAAAAAUUGUUGCGGGUCUCUGGCACGUGUAUCACGUCUUGCACAUGAUCCCAUUGUCAGGCGAGACGGUUGAUAUUAUUGAACUCCCGCUACUCCCUUUACGCUGGAGGGGGGAGGUGAAGGAAGCAGAAGAAGAAAAGGCGGAGGAGGGAGCCACAAAAUCAUCUGGUGGGGUUCACAAAGCGGUUCUUUCCCUUUUUGGCCCUGUUGUAAGGGUGUGGUACACGGCUCUGAUGAGUAACGACGAUGAGGAUCUCAACAAGCGCUCACAGGAGGUCUUCAUGGAAGUGCUGGUGAGGUUGCUUAAAUUGGGUGGGGUGCCGUUGACAACAAUGGACUUUCUGCGUGCCUCCACGGUGUCCAUUCCUUCUACGCCGCCCACCACAAACUUCAAUUGGGUGGCAUCGCACUCCGAAGACAGCAGCUUUGCGUCAAUGGAGAAGGACGCUUCGCGGGCGGAGCCCAGUGACACCAUUAAAUCGAUGCGUAGUGUAUUUGUGAUUCUCCUGCAGCGAGAUCCGGGUUUUCUUUCCUUUGAAUUAUUGAAGGUGUUGUUUGCCCUUCUUUGGGCCAAUGAUGCCCAGCUAUCGGAAUUAGGGCGAAAGUGCAUCGCCAGCAGUCUGGAUUUUGGUGAAGUUUACCCCACAUACGCGAAGGUCAUUGGCAAUGCAGAUUCAUCCCUAUUGAUUCAGUUGCUACUGAUAUUUUCUGCAGGGCUUGUCUCUUCAGAGGUAUCGAUGGAUGCCAAGCAUGAACGUAGAGCGUGGUUAUUUCAACACGGUUGUGUCAACGCUGUUAUUGCUGUGUUAGAAAGUGUUUUACGUGCCCCGCAUGACGUACAGAGUUUUCCUAGUCUUAUUCGACAGUUGUUUUGUUUUCUUUCCCUGUCGGAGUCGGCGCAGGGGCGAGGACCGAAGCUUGAAGACACACGACUGGUACACGUGUUCACCGAAAGCCUUCAUUUUUUGGAGGGGGCGGAGUACCUUAUUCUUAUCACCCAGUCCGUUCUUGACGCAGCCACCUCAAAGUACGAUCAAUACCGAAGCCACACACGUCGAGUAAAUACACAUGGGCACUUUACAUUGCCCAUUCCAAAUUGCUCGGUGGAGAAGCCGGUAUUUAUUGAUCUUGUCCCACCCUUACUUUGCUAUGCACACGAACAUGCCAUGAAUGUGGAGAACGACCUUCUCUCCGCCUUGCAUCUUGUUCUAAAGAUGACGACAAAUGUACGCUCCGAUGCUCUUUUGAAAUGGGCAUUGCAGAGGAAACAUACGGCUUUACUGCCGUACUUGGACCUUGACGCAGCCGUGGCAGACCGUGUUUUGCCAUAUUUGGGUAACCGAAGUGAUAUUGAAUAUUUUUGGACACCUAUUCUUCAGGAGGCACCGGAGCGCACGGAGCUACGUUUUAGUUGCACAGGUGGUAUCGCAGUGACGCUGGGAAGAUGGCCGGAGAAGGGCUUCUCGGUUUCUGCAUACUUUCGUUUUGAAGAAAUAUAUAGCGAUAUACAAUUAUUUGAGUUUAUUGACGGUGAAGUUUUGUCGCCAUCUCUUGCGUCUAUUCGCAUUGCAGGUGGAGAUAGUGUGAAUAUUAUGCAUGAUGGGAAGAGGGUGCCGGUUAAUGAAGGCCAUGCACUACCGGAUCUUGAACCUCAGCGAUGGGCUCAUUUUAUUGUUGUCAUGAGCAUGGCACAUACCGUCUCUGUUUAUCUUAAUGCUGAUAAAGUUGGGACGUGCUCAUUACCCUACUUUCGUUCUCACUCGGAGGUGGUUAUGAACAUUGGUUUUGUAAAUACCACUGUGCACGAUUCCCUCUUCUCAAUUGGUGAGGUUGUGCUGUGGGAUGAGGAGCUGACGACACCUCAGGUGGAGGCGUAUGUUGCCACGACGGGCUAUAAACCGAAUGUAUGUAAAAUUCUUGAGUGCGAGAUACCACGUGAGCUGUCGGAGACGCAUGAGAAGUUGCCUAUUGAAGACCGUAUUGCCGUGUUUUCACCCUAUGAAACUCGUGAUUCCAUGUUGGUUGACGUUCUACAGAAGGAGUCCAGGGGUUACCCGAUUGUGGCCAAGCUGACUGGAACCUACGCCGAGGCGCCAAAAAAUUGGAUUGACUACCGCACGCUCUUUUUGAACCGAGGUGGACUUGUUUACAUGCUUGAGUGGAUUGCAGAGUCCACCAGUGCGGAGGAGUUGGAAAGAUACAUGGCACUUACAUGUAACUGCAUCCGGGGCACCACCAGUGGAGGUACUAUGGAUGUACAGACAUACGCAUUACUUGACUUUCAUCUUCGUCGUCUUGCCCAUCUCAUCACCCCGGCUGUUUGCGACAGUCUUCUGCAUCUUGCCACAGCGAAGAUGAGUGUCAAUGAUGAAUUCCACCCAUUUAUUAUAAAUCGACUUGUCUUUGAUCACAUUUUUCGGGAUAUUGAACUUUUUGCUGAUAUGCCACUGGACGCUGCGCUCUAUUUGAUAGAAGGUGUGGAGAGACUGUUUACAGUUGCCUCGUGCCGUUUUGCGAGGCGAAACGCCUAUUAUAUUAUACCCUUUCGAUUUGUCGACAGUGUUCUUAACGGGUUGGUCUACGCAAAUGUCUCGCUUCCCUUUGUCUUACGUGCCCGCGUGAUUUCAUGUUUAAAGCACAUCAUGAUUGCAACGGAUUUUGAACCAAAUAUUGUUCAUGUCAUUGCGUCUACGGCGGCGGUGCUCACGCCGGUGGAGGUGGAGGUGACAAGUCGCCAUCAACCCGCCUUGCGGGUCAAAAUUCCCAAAGCUCGAUUUUCGCAGAUAAGUGUAACGCUCUACGGUGCAUUUGAAACCACUUGUUUGAUUCUCCGCAGUCUUGUGGAGUGCUGCUGCAACGGGACGUUUGCCGCAGCCUUUGGAAUAAUUGUGGAUCUAAAUUGGUAUGCUGCGUGUGUCUCGCGCUUUGCAGAUGUGGCAUGUGUUGUGUACGCGACACGACUCUUCUUUGAGGCGAUGCGGUUCAAUAUGGACCUGCGCAAUGAAGUGAUGCAUCACCCCGCAGUCAUUGUGCAUACCCUCUCCCCACAUUGCCUGAAUGAAGACUUACUUUUACUCCUGCUGAGCCUCAGCGUGGGUGCCGUGAAGCGCAUUGACGUCCUUUCAUCAAAACAUCCGAUGCUGCAACAGUUGGUUGGGAUCUUGGACUCCAUGACGCCGGAGUUAGACGCCGUGGUGUUACCCAUCUUUUCUAAAUUGCUUACGUUAUACUUAACUGCGGCAUCGUCCACGCCUGCUUGUUUCCGACCGUCUGACAUUAGUUCUGCGAUGCAGCGGCGUUUGUAUUGCUCCUACCGCCUGCACAAAUAUUUUAGCCUUGCGCGGGUAUGUAGCAUACUUAUGCUUCAGAUAUAUGCCAGGCGACUUCUCCCACAGGCAAAGAAAACGGGCCACUCAGUGUCCGUAUCAACCGGAGGUAGGUCGAUCCCAUUUUCACUCAAGAAGGAUGCUUCCAAAGAAGACAUGACGGUUGGUAACAAAAAGACACCCGUGCAAUUCGGCAGGUAUCAUAGGGCGUUUGCUGCGCUGCGUGUGUGCCUUUAUUUAUGGAAAGCCAUUCAACGCAGACGAUAUAGGCGGGUGCGGCAGCAGAAUGUGAGUGGCCACACGCCCCUUAUGGUGUCGGAUGUGGAGCCAGAAAAGGCCCUCUUUAUACUCCGCACACUUCAGAGCCUUCCGCUUAAGCCAGGUCUCUUUGUGCCGUGUACACUUUCGCCAUAUCAAAUUGAGGUUUUGGCCUUUUUUGGAACAUUCCUGAAGCGGGAAGCCGUUUCGGCAAGAUUUGAAGAAAAACUAAGGCUACACGAAGGCGACGAUUUGCCCUUUAUCGCUUCGACCACGUCGCUGCAUAGACUCAUUACGGAAACCACGGCGGGCAGCGAUUUUUUUCCACCUCAUGUGAAAAUUUCUGAUGAGUCGCAUUUAUUGCCGGUGUUGCACGACACGGUCACUGAAGAGGAGACCAAACAUGAUGAUGAUGCCGAUGGUGAUGAUGACAGCACAGUUGAAGAAAAAGAGCAAAGAGGACAAUGGCAACACGGAGUACACCAGCAGAAUAAAUGGGAUGAAAGGGAAGAGAAAUUUAGGGCAAAAAGUGAGAAAUACUUUGAAAACCAACUGCACAUGCCGUCAACCGCAUCGGCUCCCAGAGAGCUUCACGUAAGGCAAACAAGUUCUUGUACACCAAAUUCUUUUCUGCAUGGUGAUGGAGAUGUUCCCAAGUCACCACCGUUGGCUGCCACUCCUGUUUCCACAGAGGUGGCAUCACUGCCGGAGGACGGCGACGCGCGUGCUGCCAGCGGCAGUGGCAGCAGGAUGGACCAGAUGACAGACGCUGCUAGUUCUUCCGAAGAGGACAGGCAUCUUUCUUCUGGACUUGACCAACUUUUCUUGCCUGUUGAAGAGGCUACUUUGCGUUCUGAAAUGGGUGGGAGUAUGAGUGCGGAUGUUUCGAUGGGCUCAUUUGCACCCUUUGCCAAUUUGCAGUCUUUCAAUGCAAAGUCCCUGCAGGAGUGUGCUGUUGGGGUGUUGUGCAACACCGUUCUUGCCUCAUUGCUCAACUUGCCUGUCACCGAAGGGUGGGUUGGGGGACAGACAUACGGCUCCUGUGGGGCGCUGCUCUUUCAGCUGAUUCUUAUCACCGGCGCCAUGUGCAGUACCGAAGAGGUGACAUUAACACUGACACAAUUUUUUAUUGACCAGUUGCUGGUGUGUGUGGAUUUGUCUGAACGUUUCGUGGAGCCCAACACUUCUGUUGUGUCUUCGUUAAAGGGAAGUGGA